UCAGCGUUAUAUGUAUAACGAAGAAUUCUUCGGUGGCGACGGCAAACCGGUCUUUAUAUUAGUCGGAGGAGAAUGGGAUAUAGUACCGGGCUGGCUGCAAGCCGGUAAUAUGUACCUUAUGGCACAGGAGAAUAAAGGCCACCAGAUAUACACCGAACACAGAUAUUACGGGGAGAGUCUGCCUUAUCAGAACUUUACAACCGAAAACCUCAGAUUCCUAAACGUAGAUCAGGCCCUUGCCGAUCUCGCUUAUUUCAUAAAAGAGGUCAAACAGAUUCCAAGGUUUGCAAACAGCAAGGUGAUUCUUUAUGGUGGAUCGUACGCCGCUAACAUGGUGCUGUGGUUUAAACAAAGAUAUCCGCAUUUGGUUGUAGGCGGUGUCGCUUCUAGUGCCCCGAUAAAGGGUCAAGUCGAUUUCACUGGGUAUUUGGAGGUGGUGCACCGGGCAUUUUUAUCAGAAGGCGGAAACAGUUGUAUAGCUACUAUCCGAGAUGGAAUAACACUGACAGUAGCAGCGCUGCAAACUGCACUUGGUCGGCAGAACUUGGAAAAAGCUUACAGGCUUUGCAAUCCAUUGAAGUACGACAGCCCCUUCGAUAUGGGUUACUUCUCAGGGCUCAUCAGCUGGUCAUUUUCAACGUCGGUGCAGCAAGCACGCCCUGGGACACUCACCGCCAUUUGCAAUAACUUCGCUAACAACGUCUAUGGAAUGACACCGAUGGAACAGAUUGGUGGCUACAUAGCAGCUACACGCAAUCUCGGGGCGGGUGACUGUUGGAACAUGGACUACGAAAGCUACGUUGAAAGAUAUCGCACACAAAAUACCAAUUCACGUGCUUGGUACUACCAGACAUGUACCGAGUACGGCUACUAUCAGACGGCGCCCAGUGUUGGCACCGUGUUUGACGAUCUCACGUGGCUCAGCGUGCCAUUCUACGUCGAUGUAUGCAAACAGGCUUUCGAUCAGAAGUUCGACGAGACGUUCGUAUACGAUGCAGUGGAGCGCGUGAACCUAGUUUUUGGCGGUCUAACGCCGGACGUAAAUAACACUAUCAAUAUCCACGGCGAGGUCGACCCUUGGCACGCACUGGGCGUACACGAUCGUGACCUUAAAGAUGGUUCACCCACUAUCACAGUUCCCAGAGCAUCACAUUGCUUUGACAUGCAAAGUUGGCGAGCGACGGAUACUAUUAGGAUGACCAACGCACAGCAAUUCGCGAGGCGAAUGGUAGCACAGUGGCUUUCAAACUAG